AAACUAUUAGUCAGAUCAGACGUCAGUUGACCAUUGACAAGGAAGAUAAACGGUUUCGAUUGUUACGUGCGUUAAGAAUUUUCGUGAAUUUGUGUCUGUGCCUAUAAUCAUGCCACGACGAGGACGUUCUGCAAGUCCCCCGCCGGCACCUCCGCGAAGAGCUGCUCCACCACCGACGCGCAAUGUACCAGCUCAUGCGCCUCCUUCUGCCCCGGCUCCAGUGCAGGCCCAAUCACAGCAACCGUCGAUGUUUGGUCAGAUGGCAGCAACUGCUGGCGGAGUGGCUGUAGGAUCGGCGGUGGGGCACGUGGCUGGUAGUGCUCUGACGAGUAUGUUCAGUGGAGGUAGCAGUGAGCCAGCACCGCAACAGCAGCCAGCACAGACCACCUAUAAUCAGCACCAAGGCCAACAACCGCAAGGCCCCUGUGCCUGGGAAAUUCAACAGUUCCUUCAAUGUGCAUCACAGCAAAGCGAUCUCUCACUUUGUGAAGGCUUCAAUGAGGCACUACGUCAGUGCAAAGUCAACAACCACCUGAACUAGACAACAAGGCUGCCGUAUCCUAAUUUUUGCAAAUAACAUCUGAAGAAUCAUGA